CACAUGCCGUAUUUCCUAUGUAAAUCACGAUAGUGCGCCAAUGGCCUGACCACUCCUUUGUUACCUCGCCCGGCAACUGCGAGUUCCGUUUUAGUUAUCUAUAAGACUUCGUUGCGUGCAUACCGCUGUUUAAGUGUUUUUCGAAUUGGUGAGUAAAUUUUACCUCUGUUACAUUUUUAAUGUUUGUGUAGGUAUAUAGAUAAUCUACAAGUUUUUAUUUUUAAAUAUGCAAAUACAUGCUACUAUUGUAAUAUAUUGGUAGAAUUGUAGUUUUAAAAUAUCGCUUAUUUUGUUAACUGGCUACCAUUUUUGUAAAAUAUUCUAGUCGGGGCUAGUUGGCCCAUAUUAGCUGGGGUUAGUUAGCCAUAUGGCGAACUAAACCCUGGUCUUUUAUUGUGCUUACAUACAAAACGAAAUCUUUUACUUUUUAGAAAAAAAAAAAUGAGAACAUACAAAAGGAAAAGUGAGAAGGGUAAAACCCCGUACGAUAUUAUGAAGCGAGCAGUGAAGGUUGUCCUUGAAGAAAAUUUUUCGGUCAGAAAAUCUGCAAAAAAUUUUGAGAUACCAAGAAAAACCUUAGAAAAAUAUUGCAAAAAAUUUAUGGCAGUUCAGGAACAAAAUGGAAAUUUGAUAAAUAUUCAAAUAGGUUACGCUAAAAGCCGACAGGUGUUUUCUACUGAACAGGAAGAACUUCCAAGAAACCCCCCAAAAUAUAAAAUCGAGAUUUGUUUGUACUGGAUGUCCCUUUAAUAGAAAUAUUUUUGGGGAGCAAGAUUUCUUACCUGCGUAGGUAUACAACCGAUGGGCCUCCAAAUACAGUGAUUGCACCAAAUUAGAUGAAUAAUAGCACAUUAGAAAUGAAUGCAUCCCCCAAAUUAACUACUCAAAAAAAAAAUAAACAAUCAUCUUGAAGAUAAGAAGAAUUUGAUGGGUGCUAUAAAUAAUGACAUCUCUUUGAAAGAUCUGUUAGAAGCCGGACCGUCACAUGUUCCUUCUCCCGUUUGUGAGAAAUCUUUGGAAGAAAUCAGACCGUUAGCAAAAGCAGGAGAGAGAACAAGUAAAACAGGAGGCAGAAAACGUAGAACCACAGCAAUGUUAACGGAUACACCAAUAAAAGAUGAGCUUGAGUUAGAGAAGCAGCAGAGAAAAAAGAAGAAGACAAAGCAAAGUAAAGCAGGUUUAAAGAAUGUAAAAAGAGACAUAUGUUCUAAAAAAACGAAAGCUAAAGAGAUAGAUUCAUCUUCAGAAGAGGACGAAUGCUUCUAUCUAAUAUGUCUCGAAUUAUUCUCUAAUAGUGUUAGUAAGGAGAAAUGGGUACAGUGCACUAAAUGUAAAGAAUGGGCUCAUGAAGCUUGCACAGCUGGAGAUAUCCUUUUUUUGUGUGCGAAUACUGUUUGUCCGAUGCGGAUUAGUGAUUGUAUAUUUUUACAAAUAUAUUUUAAUUGA